GACAACUAAUGACAGAAUGACAACUUAAAUUGUAUAUGUCAAAGUGUUGUCACAAUAAUUGUGACCCAAAAAUAACUCGUAAAAAUGAAUAAAAUGAAUAGUAAUGAUGACAGCGACAGCGAAACAUUUGUUAUGGAUAAUAAACCGAUAAUUACAUGUGCUGGUGAUUCUAAACUAUGGGGCGGAUUAGACGAUGCUUUGACGACAGCAAUACCUCAAGAAGCCAUUGAGUGGCGUCGUCCAUUAGGAAGACCCACUCGAUCUGUACAUGUUGGUGCUUCUUUUGUUCCAUUUAGUACCAGUGCUUUACCGCAUGAUGGAAAUUGGGAUUUAAUCAGACAACCAAUUUUACAUAUUUAUUGGACUGAAUGUCCGGAUAUAGAAGCCUAUAAGAACACAGUAAAAGAAGAAUUGGAAUCCUGGAUUAAAGAGUUAAAUCAAAGAAAUAUUAAUGAUUGGAUGAUUGUAGUAGUUGAAACUAUUGAUGCUAAACGAGAAAAUAAAUUGCUUCCAAGAACAACUGUACUUGAUAAAAUUCGAGCUGAUUUUGCCACUAAACAAGGAGAUCGUUGUUUAUCCGUAAUAAAUCCAAUGCGAGCAGAGUUUAAUUCUGCAGAAUCAUGGCGUGGUUUAGUAGCUAGAAUUCGUAUAUUACUUUUACAAGCAUAUUCUCGAGCAUUAACUCAAUUAGAAGAUCAUAUUCGAGAUCAAAGAGAAAAGCGUAACCAACCGUCAUGGAAUUUUUGUCAAUAUUUUUUACUCCAGGAAGAAUUAGCCCUCGUAUUGGAAAUGCUCGGUCUGUAUGACGAAGCAUUGGUUCAAUAUGACGAAUUAGAUGCUCUUUUCACACAAUUUGUAGUGAAUUCUCAUAUGGGCGAAACAGUUGAAUGGUUAUCAAGAUUUCAGAAGCCUAUAGAGCAAUGGCGACAACCGAUUCUAGGGCGUCCAUUAACCAGAGAAGACCGUUCUGCUGUUUUAGCAAAUGGCCCUGCUCCGUUAUUAGAAUUCCGAUCUUAUCUUUAUUCAAGACAAGCUGCUAUGUUGUUACUAUUAUUCAAACCAUGGGAAGUAGCACAAAGAUGUCUACCAUUUUUGCAUACGACCGUUCGUGAAAUUGAUAUGCUGGAUGUAACUAUACCAACAGGUGCUCUUCCAUGUUGGCUAUUUUUGGCCUGUUUGGAAGUUUUACAUACAUGUGAAAAAUAUAACGACAGUGAACAAGUUAAAGCUUACUCUCUGUACACAGCCGAUCUAUGGGCUUAUGCACGUGAAAAAUUACAAAUACUUGGAGAACUUUGUGGUUUAUUACCUGGAUCUGAACCAACUUCAGAACAAUUACAUUUAGUUGUAAUUUUAUCAGCUGGCAUGAAAGAUUGUCCUGGGACUGCUGAUAAUCCAACACCUACAGAUAAACUUAAGGGGGCGUUGCGUUCCAAAGAAGCAUAUAAUAAACAUUAUCUGGAAAUCGCUGAGUUAGCAAUGGGCAUCUAUAAACAUAUUAAUCGUAGACGACAAGCUCGAAUGGUUGGUCGAGAAUUAGCAACAUUUUAUCUAUCCCAAGGGAAUACAUUAAAUGCAAUUGUAUUUUUAACAGACCUGCUAAAAAUGUUUGAAGAAGAAAAAUGGCGUGAUUUAGCUGCUCAAACUCAACUUGAAUUAUCAUCAUGCUAUAAUAAAGAAAGUGAUCGCGAACGGUACAUUGCAUCGUGCAUUGCAAUUGCAAGUUCACCCGAGCUUGAAUUACUUGUACGUAAUUUUUAUUUUGAUGAGAUGUGUAAAUCAAUGAAAUCUUUACCAAAUUUAAAUGACGAAGUAUAUUUAUCUGUAAAAUUUGCGGAUACAUUUAAAAUUUUAAAGAUUGCAAUUAAAGGUGAAAGUGAAGUUGUCAUGCAAAAUAGUGUGGUGACUAUAGAAUUUCUACUUGAAAGUAAUUUUCCACGUGAAGUUUGGUGUAACCUAGCUGAAUUAUUUAUUUAUCCAGAAACAGAUCCUAAAAUUAAACUUCGUACUCAUUGUUCAAAUACAGACAUGAUAAAAAGAGAUCGUACUAUGGUUGAAUUAAAAAUUUCUGAACGUUUUGAUCGCACACAAAACAAACAAAUAAGUUCAGCAAUUGUUGCGUGUAAAGAAACAGAAAAGGAAUUACAAGAAACGCAACCAGAAAAUGAUCCUAAAAAGGAUGCACUUAUUCCUUUAAGUAAUUCAAAUAUAUCUUUGAAACCUGGACUAAAUACUAUAAAAAUUAAAUGGAAAGUUGAUGAUCCUGGUUGGUAUCGAUUGUAUUCUUUAACAUUAUUAGUUGAAAAAAUGAAGUUUACGUCACCGCCGAUAUCUCCACCCAUUGGCUUCAAUGUAGUUCGUCAAGAACCCGUUAUUCGAUUAGAUAAAAUUUCACCUGAUUUAGUGUCAGGAUAUGAACAAUAUUUGGAGUUAACUUUAAAAAAUGGCAGCUACAUAAUCGAAGAUAAUUCAUGGAUUAAACUUCGUUCAACAAAAGGCUUACAAAUACAAAUCGAAAGUAAAACAGAGCCGUUAGUACGUGAAAUAAAUUUAGUAUUACCUAAAAUAAAUCGUUUCGAAUCAGUAAGUUUUCAAUUACGCGUCUAUUGUGAUUUAAUUGCAAAAAAAGAUGAUAAAUAUAUCGAACAUAAAAUGGAAAUAAAGAACUCGUGGUCGGAAAAUGAACAAAUUGUGCCAUUAUUUUUCACACCAUUAUUCAAAUCAAUAUGGAGAUUACAUACCGCUCAAGUUCGUAAAUUUAUACAAAUUACCAUCAUAGGAUUAUCAUUAUGCGAAGUACAACUCACGGAUCCAGAUUUACAGUGUGAUGGAAUUAAAAUGAAAAAUUUGAAUUUAAUGAAAGGGCAACCUUUGGUUGUAUCAAAUGGACUCAAUGUAUCCUUUAUGUGGGAAAUGGAAAUAGAUGACAAUGAGAAAGCAGAAGCAUUGAAAAUGCAAUUUACAAUUAAUUUUUCAGUUAUCAAAGAAAAGGAUCUUGAUGUAGAAACUGGCCCAAUUACACCGUAUAAGUUUAAUUUCGAUGUAACUAAUUAUAAGACAUUAUUUGUAGUAAGAUCAAGUGUGGAGCCAACUAAACGAAAUGAAUUUUGUCGCUCUGGUAUAAUGUGCCAAUUAAGACUGAGUGUAAGUCGCGUAAAUUAUGCUUAUCAGGGUUCUUUAAUGUAUGAAGUAUUAGCUGAUCAAAGUAUGUGGGCAGUAUGUGGUCGUACGGCAGGUGUUUUAGCCUUAGAAAAUGAUGAUCCUCAAACAGUUACAUUAGAUGUAAUGCCAUUAACAAGUGGUCAUAUGCCUCUACCUUUAAUUCGAUUAUCAAAAUAUAUUCCUGCUGAAACUGCUUCGACUGAUAAAGUUAGAAAACUGGAACCGAAUACACAUCCACGAUUGGAACCAUUUAGUGCAGGGCAAGUAUAUAACUAUAGUAAAUCACAACAAGUGCAUGUAAUUGCUCCGGCCACCGAAGCAAAUGUCUUUUAGUGCAAUUGAAAUUUGUAAGAAUUUGGGAUAUUAUGUUAAAUUUGUUUAUUAUGUAAUCCAAAAAAGGGAUAUUACUGGAAUAUGUAUUAAGACUCUCAGUAAAUGCUAUGUUUUGCUCUUUCAAUUUCCUUACUUUUAAAUAAAUUGAAUUUUCAACGCUCACUUUAGCUUUUGACGAAAAAGAAACACGAAGACAUGAGGUAAUUCACAUAAUAUGUUUCAUGAUAACAAAGUGGCUAACGAAGUUGAUUGUUAAAACUAAAAUAUUUUUAAAUAAAAGAGAUAAAGACUUAAUAAAACUAAACGGUCCAUACUUAUAAAUAUUACAGAUCUCUGUCUUAUGUGGUUAAUAUUCCCCUCUAAUACCAACAUAACACAAACAACACUUUAUGACAUCGUAAACUACUUUUGCCACUCUUGUCUAAUUUUAGAGCUUUCAAAUCAUUGCUAAAAAUUAUUCAUAUUUCUAAUUUAAAUUUUCCAAUAUGAUAAAUUUGUUGAACCAUACUAUUUUGUGAAGCAAAUUAAACUUUCAGAUGGUCUACCAAACAUCAAUACUCAUUAUUUGUUUAGAUCGAUUUUUUAGUAAAAUUUCGGUGCCUAUAUUUAUAGAUAUAUUAGACCACAAGUUCAUGCUGAAAUUUUUCGGGUGAAACCACCAGGAAGUUUAAGCACUUAAGUGAGACAUUCUCACCUAUACCGCGAAAAAUUGAUGCCAUGAACUUACUUACUUUUACAUACGAAUUCUAAACAUAAAAAAUCUGAUGAAGACAUUAUAUGAGUUAAUCGUACGCAAAAUACUAAUAGUAGAAUAAUAGAUUUCAAAUACGUACCUGUCUCUAUAAAGUGCACAAAAUAGUCUAAGAAACGGUGUAAAAUCGACCUUGACCCAUUUGACAACCAGAAGAGAAAUUUUUUUAAUGAAAUAUUAUUGAUUGAUUAACACGCUUGUGAUAGCUGGUCUAUCGAAAAGUUUACAUGGCUAUUUUGAACUAAAAAAGGGGUGUUAUAAGUUUAACCGCUAUGUGCGUGUGUCUGUCUGUCUGUGACAUUG